AGAAUUUUUCCUUUAGAUUCUACAACAAUCGAAACUACACUAUGUCGAGUUCAACGUCCGUACGUGUGUCACUUGAAUCAAGUCACACUUAAUUCAUCAAUAAUUAAAGCCCCGAUAGUACUUCGGUGUUUUAAGAAUGACUUAUCUUUUGGUUAAAGAUACUAUUAAAUGGACGAAAGUAUUAAAUGUCCCUGUGGAUAGCGGCCGGCAGUGAAUAGCAAUGGCUAGUUGGAUGAUUCGUGGAAGGAGUUCACGGUCUAAUAGAUCUCAUAAAAGUCAUCCUGAUGCCGAAGACAAUUCCGUGCAACUGGAUCUGUCAAAAGAUAUAAAGGAAAAUGUACAAGAGGUAUUAACGAAUCUAUGUCAACGCCAAGGAAUAUCCAACGUAAGAAAAUUAGCUUAUCUAAAUGCCAUUGUGAAAUUCAUCAGCGAGAAUGAUCUUGUGGAAUAUGGCUACUGUACUAAGGAAUUAUUUUGUUGUCUUCGUAUUGGACUUAUCAAUGAAGCCACACAAGUCCGUGCAGCAGCUUUACGUGCAGUGCGAUAUAUGCUUAAAAAAGAGCAGGAUGUUAUUACGCUGAAUAAACUACAAUAUCCAUACUUGGUUGCCCGAAGUAUGGAUUUAAAUUUAAGGAAUGAAAUUGAAAGGAUACAGGCGCUAAGACUAGUCAGACGAAUCUUACUAUUAGCCCCUAAGCACUUCAGCCCCGGACUUGCCAGGUCUUUAAUAAGUUUGACAAAUGGGGGUGUAGAAGAAAAGGAUCCGAUAUUUCGUGCCUUUCUGGCAGCUGUGUGCGAACUAGGUGUAUUAAACUCAGAUUUAUUAAUAAGUUGUGGUGGUGUUGGAGCCCUAACAAGAGCUGCUAUGACUGGACAGAGUCCAGCGAUUACAGAGUCUGUAGUCGGUGUUCUUUUAAAAUUACUGGGAAACCCAGAGACGAGAAAUGGAGUAUCUUUACUGUGUCUUGCUGCACCUUAUUGCGAACUCCAUUCAACCGGUAUUGAGAGAACAAAGGAAGAACGAGAACAAAGAUUUGCAGCGAGCAAGCUGGCUUUGUUAAGUGUUUUACGGUCAUAUACUGGUAUAAUACACUUCUGUCAUCCAAAUGAUAGUUCUGGACUUAGAGCAAUUGCUGGUAUUCUGUAUGUGGAGCAACUGGAAGUGCGUGGUGCUGUACUUGAGCUGCUCUACGAAUUACUCGGACUUCCACUUCCUGCAUGGACAGACGAACCAGAUGUCGCGUUAGCCGCAGUUGACCCAAGUCGCACACGAGAUUCUUGGAAGCUUUCUGAAGGAUUUGUGGCGGCCGAAGGCAGAUCCAUACUACCACCACUUUCCAGACAUAGACCUAAUAUUGUCGAGUUGCACUUGGCACUGUUGGUAUACGCCCUGCUUGAGUGUGGCCUUCACAAAGCUCUUGCAGAGACUAUUGUGACUUCGGAUACCUUUAUAUCUGUACGAGCCGCUGUACUAUUAGGAGCAUUACUACAUUUAGCUCACGCACUACUUCCUCCAGAAGCUUGUGAUCUUACUCCGCCAUUGCCAAAUUUACUGGAACAUGCUAGCGCGGGUAGACAUCAAGCUUUAGCAGCUGUUGCAAUUCUGGGAAGAAUGCAUACAGUUAUGAGACGGAGACCGGCACCUGCUAGUCUCUUUCUCGAUCGAGUAUUACAAGCAGGCACUUGGUUGAGGCCUACUUUGCCUCGGCGGCAAAGACCUACUAGUCGACAUUGGCUGCGAAGGGAAUCCCCUACGACACCCCUUCUGAGAGAUGCUCAUGUAAUCACCUUCAAGGAUGCACUGGCAUGGAAUUGGCCUGUUGUACGUUCCAUAUUACGCUCUAGAGACGACGCCCUGCGCAAGCUGCAAGACUCUGAUCACAGACUAUUUGUCAAGCGUUUGGUUCGUUACUUCAAACCUUCCUGUAAUCAAUACAGUCGAGUAGAAUUGGGAAUAAAUGCCGUAUUGGCAAGAGAAGCGACGUUGGCAGGAUGCGACUUAAUCAACUGUCUACUUGAACUCCAUGAGCCUGAGGGUAACCAGUUACUCGCUGAACUUGUUGGUGACGUCGCAGAGCAAAUAACAGCUAUUACAUCAAUGCAAUCUGCUCACGACUGCUUAUUUUCACCAAGACACAUGUCAACGACCUGUUGUCAAAAGUAUUUUCUAUUCCUUGGUCAAUUAAGUCAUUCUGCCAAAGGAACAGUCGUCUUAAAUCGGUUUAAUUUACUUGAAAAACUGCAAAACCUUGCACUUGCGACAAAUCACGACUGUUAUGUAAAAUUGAUAACGUCCAGUCUGGAUUACUCUAACGAAGGUAUACCGCGUAAGGUAUUUAGUAAAAUAAUUGUUGAAGCACAGCUUGAAAGUACAAGGCUUUAUGCAACUCACUUUUUGCGUGUAAUAUUAAGAGCUCAACUAUUAGAUGCUCAUCAAUGGGCAAUCGGACUUCUCUGGGGUAGAUUGAAAGAUGCAAGUAAAACUGUGGCCUUAGCUGCAUUGGAGGCGUUACAUGAAGCUUGUGAUGAAGUCGAAAAUUUGGAAGUACUUUUUCGGCAACGACAAGAUAACACAAAUUGGGCUAAUUGGAUGGACCAUUUGGGAGACCGUGGAUAUUUGUUAAAGAUCAGGCUUUACUCAUUGCAUUCUAUCUUUGGUAGUCUAUCUUCUCCAACUGACGAAUUAGAAAAGUGGAUAACUCCUGGUGGGUUUUCUGAAAGAUAUGUUGGACUAGUUGACGGGGAGAUACAUGAUUCUCUUACACGCCGCCAAAGAGGAGAAAAUGGUACUUAUCAUAGGAGAUCUAGUCAAAAUCUCCCUCAAACACAUGACGUUUUUAUUCCACCCCAUUUAAUUGGCCAACUGGUACAGCAUGAUGCAGGAAUAGAGUUGCUGUUGCGGCGCAACGUGCUUCAUCGAUUUGUUCACAUAAUGUUGAGAUUUCGUAUGGAAUGUGGUAACAUGAAACUUGAUUUGAAAUCAAAAAGUAACAGAGGAAACCGUUUGGUCCUUGAUGACGGACACAUACUAUCAACUGAAUCAGGUACAGAUGACACAUUGGAAUCGAGUCGUUUGGAAACGAUCAUUGACUCGGAGGAUAUAGAACAGAUAGAUGUUCCUUGGAGAACAUCAUCUCCAUGUAAAUCUUGGAAGGCAGAGUCUUUGGUCGAGUUUAGGCGAAAAUCAAGUUACGAUGAGUCAUUGCGAAGCACCCCUGAACAAAGCUGGAAAGGAGAUACUUUUACUCGAGAUGAUCAUUCAGCUGAUGUUGAUAGUAGAAUAAUGAAGGUGAAAUCGGCAUUAUGGGCUCUGGGACAUGCAGGAACGUCUGUGAUGGGUGUCGAAUUAUUGAACAAUUUGGGAAUUAUAGGUGUAAUCGUGUCAAUGGCCGAGUCCUGCCCCCAUUAUUCGAUUCGUGCAACAGCGAUGUACGCGCUCAGCUUAAUUGCAACAACACAAUCUGGUGCAGAUGUAUUAUUAACUUAUGAUUGGCCUUGUGUUAGACACAAGCGUGGAGAACAAUGGCCAAUCGUUCCUCCUCGUAGUCCAUAUCCUAUGCCAAGUCCUCUCCCAUUACACCGGCACCACCGAAGUCUAAGUGAUGGCAAACCAGAAUUACCAGAGCCUGUAGUCCACAGGAGUAGGAAUCGCUCGGAAAGUGCUGCUACAGAUCUGGAGGCUCGACGCUACCCAUUUCUGGACCGAGGAGAUACACCAAGUCCCAUUGCAAGCACAGCAGGAUUUAGUCAGCAUGAUGCAGAUGGUUAUGCUCGUGUCCGAAGUUUUCAACGUCACUAUAGGCAGAGCUACUCUCGAAGCAGCCUUGAGAUGUACAGUGUGGACGAACGCUUAUCAGUACUUAGUAUCGCUGAUUCGGAGCCACCUCGAAGUUGGAUACCAGAUCAUACAGUUACUCAAACACCACCUCCUGAAAAUGGACUAACGAAUCAGUGUUACAUGGGGAUUUGUUUACCAAGAACAUUGACAGCCAUUUUUCCAGACCCUCCUAAACCAGUUCCUUCAACAUUUUCCGAAGAUGUCUCUAAACAAGAAGAUGACAUACCUAGAACUAGCGAUGAAUCAGCCUCUGGUAAUCAAACAGAAGCAGAACACAGUCGUAUAUGUUUAGUUUGCGAUAGUAAAAUGAUUGUAAAAAGCCAGGAAAAUGAAGAGGGUGAAACAAAAUUGAACAGGGAAAUUUUGAGGCACGUCGAACGUCUUGCAAAUCCUGUUUGGUAUAGGAACAGUCGGCAGGCACUGCUCAGAUUGAGGCAGCAGUGUCCUGAGAAAUUCCAGGGUACCUGCCUCUUCUCAGAUGUUGGGGCACGUUUAGCUAGUGGUACCUACAGAUUGCAAGCUCGGCAAUUUCUUCAAGAAUUGUUUCUCGAUUCCUCUUUUGAUGCUCUUUAUACUGAACCAUUGAGUAUACUGAAAAUUCCAAUUGGCACUGAAGAAAAUCCAGUCCAUUCAAUAAAAUCGCAAUUGCCCGUUGAAAAUGUCCACAAGAAUCCAGUGUUGGUAUCACCGGAAAACAGGCUCAACGGUCGGUCGCAUUACCCUGAUUCACAAUUGGACACUCUUCCGAUUGUGACUGAAGAAACGAGCGCCGAAUCGCAAACAUCAUUAACAGGUGGGAGAAGUAAGAAUACAUCUAGCCGAAUAGACUUGCGUAGUGAUGAAAAAAUCAUUGCUGAGAUUUUGAAACCAGAGGAGAGGAUACGAAUAUCUAAGAGUUCCGACAAGUUAUUAAAAAUCACAAAUACCAGUACUGCCUUCAGCCUUGAUUAAUACUCCUCAUUUUGUAAACAACUGUACAUAUUUUGUAUCAAAAUAUCCAUGUAAAAAAAACGAAAAACAAAGAAAAAACCAUUAAAGAGACA